GCGUGGGAGGCGGCCGCGCGCCCUGCCGCCGGGGCUGGCCGAGUCGGCACCGACAAAUAUUUUGUUUCCCUCUUCCCCUGGCUGCUGUAAUCUUAAACCGCCAGGAGCCCGAGGCCUAUAUUUAUAGAGAAACGCCGGUCCGGAGGCCGCCGUGGGCACCGUUGGGGUGUCGCUGGAAGGAUUCGUGGAAAUCUGGUGGGGAGUCCCCAUUUUAAUAUUUUGCCCCCGCCCCUGACGUUUGGAGCUUCAAACCCGGACAGCUGGAAAAGACAAACUCCCGGGGAGGGCCAUAUUGUUUUUGAGGGCCUUUUGUCUGCGGGUUCGCAGGCUCCGACGAGCGUCGCGACCCCCGCGCCUCUCUCCGUCCUGUCCCCGCGCCAGCCUCGCUGCGCUGCCCUCUGCCACCUGUGAGCCGCGGCGCGGCGCGGCCCGGCCCGAGAAGAGCUCGUUUUGUCCUGUGUGGGCCCGAUAAGAAGUCCUCCUGGCGGGCCUCGGGGUGGUGGGGGCUGGGGAGAUGAACGCUGCGGCCAGCAGCUACCCCAUGGCCUCCUUGUACGUGGGUGACCUGCACUCGGACGUCACCGAGGCCAUGCUGUAUGAAAAGUUCAGUCCUGCGGGGCCUGUGCUGUCCAUCCGGGUCUGCCGCGAUAUGAUCACCCGCCGCUCCCUGGGCUAUGCCUACGUCAACUUCCAGCAGCCGGCUGACGCUGAGCGUGCCUUGGACACCAUGAACUUUGAUGUGAUUAAGGGAAAGCCAAUUCGUAUCAUGUGGUCGCAGAGGGAUCCCUCUCUGAGAAAAUCUGGUGUGGGAAACGUCUUCAUCAAGAACCUGGACAAAUCUAUAGAUAACAAGGCACUUUAUGAUACUUUCUCUGCUUUUGGAAACAUUCUGUCCUGCAAGGUGGUGUGUGAUGAGAACGGCUCUAAGGGUUAUGCCUUUGUCCACUUCGAGACCCAAGAGGCUGCCGACAAGGCCAUCGAGAAGAUGAAUGGCAUGCUCCUCAAUGACCGCAAAGUGUUUGUGGGCAGAUUCAAGUCUCGAAAAGAACGGGAAGCUGAGCUUGGAGCCAAAGCCAAGGAAUUUACCAAUGUUUAUAUCAAAAACUUUGGUGAAGAGGUGGAUGAUGAGAGUCUCAAAGAGCUAUUCAGCCAGUUCGGUAAGACCCUAAGUGUCAAGGUGAUGAGAGAUCCCAGUGGGAAAUCCAAAGGCUUUGGCUUUGUGAGUUACGAAAAACACGAGGAUGCCAAUAAGGCCGUGGAAGAGAUGAAUGGAAAAGAAAUCAGUGGCAAAGUUAUAUUUGUAGGCCGCGCCCAGAAGAAAGUGGAACGGCAAGCCGAAUUAAAACGGAAAUUUGAACAGCUGAAACAAGAGCGAAUUAGUCGUUAUCAGGGUGUGAAUCUCUACAUUAAAAACUUGGAUGACACUAUCGAUGAUGAGAAGUUACGGAAAGAAUUCUCACCUUUUGGAUCAAUCACUAGUGCCAAGGUGAUGCUUGAGGAAGGCAGGAGCAAAGGAUUUGGCUUUGUCUGCUUCUCCUCUCCCGAAGAGGCCACCAAGGCAGUCACUGAGAUGAAUGGACGCAUUGUGGGCUCCAAGCCACUCUAUGUCGCCCUGGCACAGAGGAAGGAGGAGAGAAAGGCUCACCUGACCAACCAGUAUAUGCAGCGGGUGGCUGGGAUGAGAGCCCUGCCUGCCAGUGCCAUCCUGAACCAGUUCCAGCCUGCCGCUGGCGGCUACUUUGUGCCGGCAGUGCCCCAGGCUCAGGGCAGGCCUCCGUAUUACACGCCUAACCAGCUAGCACAGAUGAGGCCUAAUCCACGCUGGCAGCAAGGUGGGAGACCUCAAGGCUUCCAAGGAAUGCCAAGUGCUAUCCGCCAGUCUGGGCCUCGUCCAGCUCUUCGCCAUCUGGCUCCAACUGGUAAUGCUCCGGCCUCUCGUGGCCUCCCUACUACCGCUCAGAGAGUCGGGUCUGAGUGCCCGGACCGCUUGGCUAUGGACUUUGGUGGGGCUGGUGCCGCCCAGCAAGGGCUGACUGACAGCUGCCAGUCUGGAGGUGUUCCCACAGCUGUGCAGAACUUAGCUCCUCGCGCUGCUGUUGCUGCCGCCGCCCCUCGGGCUGUCACACCUUACAAAUAUACCUCCAGUGUCCGCAGCCCCCACCCUGCCAUACAGCCUCUGCAGGCAGCCCAGCCUGCUGUCCACGUGCAGGGGCAGGAGCCCCUGACCGCCUCCAUGCUGGCUGCAGCACCCCCCCAGGAACAGAAGCAGAUGCUGGGAGAGCGCUUGUUCCCGCUCAUCCAAACAAUGCACUCGAACCUGGCGGGAAAGAUCACGGGGAUGCUGCUGGAGAUCGACAACUCGGAGCUGCUGCACAUGCUGGAGUCCCCUGAGUCGCUCCGCUCCAAGGUGGAUGAGGCUGUGGCAGUUCUGCAGGCUCACCACGCCAAGAAAGAAGCCGCCCAGAAGGCAGGCGCGGUUGCUGCUGCUACCUCUUAGACAAGGAAGAAACGACUCAGAAGCCAAAUAGCCCUCCAGGAAUUCAGCCCAGAGGUUUGAAGAUUUCCUAGCUUCUAUGGACCUCAACACCAAGAACCACAGUUAAAAUUUAAUAGGUCAUUUUGUAUCAAAAGGUCAAUUAUGAAGCACCUAGAAUUUUUCAAUUAAAAGAAUAUAUUCUCUGGGUUCUUCGAUGGCCCAGCUAGUGUUAACUUUUUUUUUCUAUUGUGGGUUUUGUUUCUGUCCCCCAGAAAUUGGUUUUAUUUGAUGUACCCAAGUCUUCAGUUUCUCAAUAAAGAAAAAAAUCUCCACAAA